AUGCAGAUCGUCGUCGUCCCCGCAUCGCCCAAGACUGGGCAAGCCACGAUACGAGCGUUGUUGGAAGAUCCAUCGGAACCGACAGUAACAGGGGUCUAUCGGGAUACAGGAAGAGUGCCAGCCGAAUUCAGGGAGCAUCCCCGGUUCAGGGCUGUCAAAGGCGAUGUCGCGAAUGUCGGAAGUCUCAAGUUUUCUGGCGCAGACGCAUUGGUGACCAUCACGCCGCCACUAUAUUCCGAAUCAAAACCGUUGACGAGAGCGAGAGAGAUGGCGGCGAAUGUCAAGUAUGCUAUUGGCAUGGCUGGGGACUCGGUCAAGCGGUUGGUCUAUAUCUCAAGCGUAGGGGCGCAGCUAGAACACGGCACGGCACUUAUUGGCUCUGCGCCGGAGGUUGUGUUCGUGAGAUGCGCGUACUUCAUGGAGAACUGGGCGGCAGCGCUGAAGACUGCCAAAAGCGAGCAGCACUACUUCCACUCUGUUAUAUCACCUGCGGACUACAAAAUACCCAUGGUCUCAGUACACGACAUCGGCAAGACUUGCGCCGCGCAAGCGCUCGCAGCCGGAUCCCCUCUCGGCGAGAAUCCCUACGUCUUCGAUCUCCACGGGCCGGACACGUACUCGACGGAAGACGUUCGACAGGCUUUUGAGGAGAGGAUAGGAACGGGCGUCGAGGCGAAGCUGGUCGAGGGCGUUCAGCUGGAGGAGUUCUUUGGCGAGAUCUUCCGGCCCCCAAUGGCCGGCAUGUUUGUGGAGAUGACGAGAAGCUUUUUGCCUGGCGGGGUUGCUAUCGAGGAGAUUGUGGAAGGUUCAAGAGUUCAACGAGGAAAGACGACACUAAGUGAAGCUGUUGAGAGGAUGAUGGGUGGAAAUGGGUAA